ACAAAAUCGUCUUAGAUUUCAUUGAGAAAUCUCUGUGACUCAUUUUUACCUACCUUGUGGAAAGUUACGAGCUUUCAUAUUUUUCUCUUGGUACUCACACUCCGGUAUAAAAUAUUGUGGAAUAAUUCUUCAGUUCGGGCUGUCUGAUGAUUUAAGAAUAUAAUUAAAAUUUUAAAAUAUCCAAUCCUUGAAUGCACAGUUUUCAGUUAUAUGUGAGACCAUCUUUGACUUAGAUAGUUUAAAAAUGCCUUCAGGCAACUUAACUGUGAAUGAAGCAGAAGUGGUCAAGCUUAUUGCAGAAUUCCUGCAAAACAGAACUCUUAAUAUUUCUAUGCUCUCUGUGGAAAGAGAGACUGGGAUUAUCAAUGGAAUUUUUUCAGAUGAUAUGUUGUUCUUAAGGCAGCUCAUCCUGGAUGGGCAAUGGGACGAUGUCAUUGAUUUUAUUCAGCCACUGAUAUCUAUAGAAGCGUUUGACAGCAAACGAUUUCAAUAUGUUAUACUGAAGCAUAAGUACCUGGAGCUGUUGUGCAUCAAGUCUGAGCCCAAUGUGAUGCAGAACUAUGAAACAACUGUUGAUGAAGUGGUUAAAUGUCUAAACACUCUGGAAAGCUUAUGUGCUAGUAAAGAAGAAUACAGCAACCUAUGCUUUUUGUUGUCACUGCCAAAGCUGUCAGACCACAGUGAAUACCAGAACUGGAAUCCUAGUAAUGCAAGAGUAGAAUGCUUUAGACAGGUGGAGCCAUUGUUAAGACCCUACCUGCCCAUAGAGAAAAAAGAUGAACAAAAGAACCAAAUGAGCUGCAAUGAUCGCCUAAUGCAGCUGGUCCUGAAAGGGAUGCUCUAUGAGUCGUGUGUUGAUUUUUGUCAACAGCAGGCCACAGGUGGGCAGGGUGGUCUGGCAUAUUCCACACUUCUCAAUGACACUGGCUUCAGCGAUGCAGACCUCUCCCUGCUAGCCUGGCUGCAGUGUAUCCCCUUCGAGGUGUUCUCCUGCCCGUUUGAGCAGAAGGCUAUCAAUGUGGACAUCAGACCUCUCAUCAAACCAUCUCUGGAGGCAUCGUGGUCUGAGCAAAUCCUAGUGACGCCCAUCAAACCUAAGAUGUUCCCGCAUUCAGCCGUUCCGUCGGUAAGGUCGAGGUCAGAGCUGAUGACAAGAUCGCUGAAUCCACAGUUUGAUGGAUUAUCUAGCGGAUUGUGGCAGGGCAACCGACUGGAGUGGUCUACUCCACCAUCUCAGAACGCGCUAUCGCAGUCCAUGAUGCCUGCCGGGAAUUUACUGAACAACCGAGACCCUAUGCUGAUGUCCAUGGACAAGCUGUUCUCUGAAGGGGAGGUUAUCGACACAAGGGCUUCGAUUUCAGAGGAGCUCAAAGGUUCUCCCAGAGUUAACCUUAGUAUGACCAAGGUACCUGCUGUUAGCAUAGGGCAUGGAUACUUAAAUACUGGACACAUAAUAAUUUCAAAUCUCUAUAUGUUUGUAGUGUGUGAAAUAUCAUUUCAGAAAUUAUUGAAUAGCUGUAACUAAUAUUGUGUAUAUGGAUUAUGUAUAUGGAUAAAAAGAUGAGAAUCUACUAUUAUUAUCAAAUAAAUAAUAUGAUUUGCACUGUUUUUUGCUGGAAAUAUUUUUGAACUGCUCCUAUAGGAAUGGUAU